AUGAAUAACGAGCACGAGCACGUCGCUGUCUUCUGGGAUUACGAGAACUGUGCACCACCUUCCACGGUUACAGGAUAUGACAUCGUUGACAACAUUCGCCAUAUCGCGCAUACAUAUGGAAGUGUCAAGCUUUUCAAAGCGUAUCUCGAGCUCUCCCAACUGUCUUCCUCGAGGUCAUUGAGCCUGCGGUCAGAGUUGCAGUCAUGUGGUGUGUCCUUGACGGACUGCCCACACAAUGGUGGAAAGGACGUCGCGGACAAGAUGAUGAUCGUUGAUAUGCUCACCUACGCAAUCGAUACUCCCCCUCCCGCCACCGUGAUAAUAAUUACCGGCGAUCGCGACUUCGUGUAUGCUGUCUCUGUGCUUCGCCUACGGAGAUACCGCGUCGUCCUAAUCGCACCGUCACUGGGUCAUAAUGGUCUAAAGUUGCAGGCCUCAGCUGUGCUGGACUGG